CAUACGUAUCAUUAAUGUUCAUAGUUUUGAGCACCAAUACUAUUUUCUUUUCAUUCGUCUAUUCUUUGGAAUGUCAGUAUUGUAGCAGUGGAGAAUAUUCCUCUGAUUGUCGCCAAGGAACCGUAAAGGAUCUUAAGACCUGCACCAUCAAGGGGGAAGAUCACUGCUAUGUAGAGUAUAUAUUAAAUGAAGGCAGUAAGCCUUUAUAUCGUAGAGGGUGUGCCCCUGGCGACUGGUGUCAACAACAGGUGGUAAAUCAUGCUUCCGCACUGAAAUUCUGCAAUACUUGUCAAGGAUCGAACUGCAACAAUGACAUUAUUGGGUCCAAAGACCCUUCCUUGUUCUUAUGUAGAGGAUGUGAAAGUGAAGAUCUCUCCAGUGAAUGCAGGGAAGGCACAAUAAAGACAUACGACGAAUGUGAAAAAGGUGCCAUGUGUAUCGAAUAUCAUACUUCAACGAUUUCAACACUUAGAUGGAAAAGGGGAUGUGGUGAUAAAACUUCAUGCUCCGAACUGAAAAAGAAAUUCGACAGGUCUUUAGCAGAAUGCAGAAGCUGUGAAUAUGAAUUGUGUAACAAUAAUAAAUUGUCAAAGAAAUUGGGGUAAACUGAUCAGUUUACACAUCUCCUUACAUUUACGAAGUUGUUGGAGUAUGAAUUUUCUUUCAUUCUUUUCUCUGGCUCACAGAUUUCUCCUAAAUUAAAUUUCUAUAUAUUAUAUGAUAUGUAUUCGAUCAGAGUACCCAGUUUUUCAACUUUCACAGAUACUUUUUAAUUUU